GGGGUGGAGGCUUCACUCCAGCCAAUCAGGUAGUGGAUGUGACAUCGGGGGGCGGGACAGAGCCGCACGCUUUCCGUGCUUAAAUUAACGAAAAACUGUACAGCUGCCCGUAACGCACACGUUUAAACGCCGUAACUUCGCAGAGAGACGUUAAAAAUCCAUCAUGUCGGACAAGAAAGCAGUGAUAAAGAACGCAGACAUGUCUGAUGAGAUGCAGCAGGAUGCAGUGGACUGUGCCAUGCAGGCUAUGGAGAAGUACAACAUUGAGAAGGAUAUCGCCGCUUAUGUCAAAAAGGAGUUUGACAAGAAGUACAAUCCCACAUGGCACUGCAUUGUUGGGAGGAACUUUGGCAGCUACGUGACACACGAGACGAAGCAUUUCAUCUAUUUCUACCUGGGCCAAGUGGCCAUUCUACUGUUCAAGUCAGGCUGAAAACAAAACAUGCCCUUCUAAACUACUUUUAAUUCAGCCCUUAAUACUUCUGUGCCACACUGUACAUUUGCUAACACCUUACUGCAGACAUGCCUACCUCCUGCUUUCCUGCUUGUUUUAGUCCAUUAUUGUUUGCUGCCUACAACACUACCACCAUUGGUGGAUGGCGCUUUAGUCAUGCCUGGACUGGUGAUGUGCCGUUCAUAGAAAAUGUCAAUGUAAAACUACUUAUCAUGCCAGCACUCAGUCAACAUUUGCACAUCUGACAGACUCACCAUGAAUCAUAAUUUCUGGAUAUUAUUUCUGCUGUGCAUUGAUGCGCAGACAUUGUACAUUAUUUCAUAUGAAUAUGUUGUAUAAUAACUUAUUUUUCAAGAAAUUAAAAUGAGCAACAGAAAGUUUUUGUUGAAAUGCCUUUAAUUUUCAGUGUCAACUGAUAAUGAAUAAAAAUGCCAAGACUGUUGCUCACACUUAAUAAAGAAUAUUAACAUGCUAAGAGAUUUAAGGUUUUGUACAUGCUUGAACAUUCCUGUUUCCACUUCUUCUGUGAAUAUUUACAAUGUCACUGCUGUUUCUCUGGAAUGUAAUUUAGUGUGCACUUUGGUAUUGUGAUAUUUUCAACAUGUUGAGCACAAAACAACUUUCAGACAGUAAAUGGGUUCAAAAUGUG